GUCUGCAAGUAUUGUAGCUCUCAGUUCAACAGACAUAGUCGAAACAGAAGUUCCAGUGAAAAAGGUAAAGAAAGCUCGAUCUACGCUGACUCCCCAGACAAUCAACUGCGAUUCCGUCGAUUACGUUCGAGCUUCAAUUUGACCUCGCUUGCGCUCAAGAUGAUGACGAGGUACAUCGUGCUGCUUACAACGCUGUUGAUGAUGGACCUCUGUGACGCUUUUAUUGAGCAUAUUGUCGAUACCACUCCGAGGGACGACGAGGAACUUAGAGUUCUAACACUCAACAAUGAGAUGGUCCUAUGUUACACGCAAGCGGCGAAGAACGUCAGUGGCACAGGAUUCGAGGAAACCCUCGUGACAUGCUGCAUGCGCAAUUACUGGUCAGUCUGCAUUCGAAAAGUACCGUUGGCGAAGGAGUGCAGCGCGUUACUCGAAGCCCGCAUUGAGGAGUUCGAAAGUUCGAUGGCUAAAGGCGUCGAUUGUUCCACAGUCGACUCACGAAGGUGCCCGUACCAGCCAGAGCAUAGCAUACAUUACACAGCAGUUAAGGAACGCUCACAAAGAUAUACCGGAACAGCAAGUAACAUUAAUGUAGGCCUGCUGACUCCUGUCCUGACAGUUGCCCUAGUCGUGAAGAACGCAGCUGCGCGAAACCUAUAAGACGUUAGGACUUCGGAACCACAAAGGCCACCACAAAUUUAUCAAGGCUUACAGGCCCUAAUCAAGCAGACCAGCAACUGAGCCUAACAAACAUACUAUCCACAUAGCCACCGAGAUAUAGCGUUGCGCAUAACAAUAAUAAUAGCAUUCAUGUACUAUUUAUAGGUCAGGUCGCAAUGAAGAAUCCUGUUAUACAUUAGUUUAAAAAAAAAAUGGGUCUGAAAGCAAAAAAGCCAGACGAAACAGGAAGUGAGUAAGGCGAAACAUAAGUUAAUGUUAUUGUUUAUUCUAACGCAACGCUUUGCGACAAGUUUAACGACAAUGGCUUGGCACCCGUGGACGAUUCUAAUUAGAGUUUGCGUGUGCUAUGUACCAAAGAACUCAAAAGGACGCAAGACAUCUAGCGAAGGAGCAUACUAGUUAGAGUUAUACUCUAAUAAUAAUAAUAAUAUAUUAUGUCUAAUAAAGUGAGAUGGUGGACGUUCCGCUAACAACGAACGUCUAAUUGUUGUAAAUGAGCCAUUUGUAAGCGUGUAUAUACUAACUUUAGGUUAUGCUAGAUCAGCAUAAAUAGUCGACAGAAGGACCCCUGUGGUAUAGUUUUUCAAGGACGAAUAACUAAGGACAUAGUAUACAGAAUCGUUGCAUAUGAGUAUUUUAUCAAGCAGCCAGAAGUGCCAUUACGCAACUCAGCCAUACAAAUUGCUUAAUAUACCUUUCAAAUAGUAUUCGACCGACUGCAAUCGUAUGAACGAUAGCAGCGGGCUCCGUCUUAUGAUCGAAUUGAAGCGUAUGCUUCCGUAAACGAAUGUUAUUUUGAUAAAUAUUUAGAUCAGUGGGGGUCAAAUGGGCUCCUCCGUAAAAGCCGGAUAUUGCAGGACUUUGCGAUUUUCCUUUUCCUAGCCUGUUUUUUUUUUUUUGUACACAAUUUUCUCUAUAUAUUUUUGCGACUUACAUCGAAAACGUAGCUGUGGAAGUAAACCUCUUCAACAUCGGCCAACUUAAAGCAAACUUGUGCUUUCGUUCCUGCUGUUGACCCUGUUUGUAUCUAACGUAACAGACGUUGUUUUUUUUAGAAACGUGUUUGCAGCCAAUUCGGCUACGUGCGCAAAAACCUUGUAACGGUUUAAAGCGAUGCCCCCACAGACGACGACGACGACACGGUGGUAAGGGGACGUCCCGCAGAAUGGUGUCAUUGAUCUCGACAGCCGUUGUUGCGGGGUCAGUAAGAAAAUAUCAAUACGUUGAUGUCAAUGUGUAUUCGCAAAAUCAAGUGCUGUCAUAUUGGUUUUAACUGAUUAAAAAUUUCUAUUAUUAUUAUUAAGGACGAAUGUUUAUGCACGCUCAUAUAUACAAGUCAUAUAUAAAGUGAACAAGUAUAUGUUAAACAUCAGAAAAUCUACGCUAUGACGAAAAUAAAGUGUAACGUAUUGUUAUUACCGAUCCAAUUGUUCAAGAUCAGUAUUAUUUGAACACAGAAACUGUUAAUUUAUUAUCGAAAUAAACAAAACCUUUGAUUUUCCAAUAAAGAAAUAUUAACAAAAUUCUAGCCCCGCAGUCGCCUAACGUCG